CCAGAACCGGAGCCACUCCCAUCCCAGCGGGGAGGGAGCCUUACUCCAAGGUCAGGUGACCCUUACGCGCAGUCAGCCAGGGACGCGGAAGGGCGACCGCUGGCAGGCCCUGGUGAGCGGACAGGACUGCAGGCGCGGGGCCAUGAGGUCCCUGGAGCUGCCUCGGCUCCCGCUGCUGCUGCUUCUGCUGCUGCCGCAGGGCCCCGCUGGCGACGCAGCGCGAUUCGACCCCACCUGGAAGUCCCUGGACGCUCGCCAGUUGCCCGGCUGGUUCGACCAGGCCAAGUUCGGCAUCUUCAUCCACUGGGGCGUGUUCUCCGUGCCCAGUUUUGGGAGCGAAUGGUUCUGCCUCCGAGUGACUGAAACAGCAGGAAAUAAUCUACUUGUGUGGGAUUUUGGACCACAAUUUACAGCCAAAUUUUUUGAUGCGAACCAGUGGGCAGAUAUUUUACAGGCUUCUGGUGCCAAAUACAUUGUCCUAACUUCCAAACACCAUGAAGGCUUCACCUUGUGGGGCUCCAAGUACUCGUGGAACUGGAAUGCUGUAGAUGAGGGGCCGAAGAGGGACAUUGUCAAGGAACUUGCAGUGGCCAUUAGGAACAGGACUGACCUGCGUUUUGGGCUGUACUAUUCCCUUUUUGAAUGGUUUCAUCCACUCUUCCUUGAGGACAAAUCCAGCUUAUUCCAGACACAACAGUUUCCAGUGUCUAAGAUGCUGCCUGAGCUUUAUGAGUUAGUGAACACAUAUCAGCCUGAGAUCCUCUGGUCGGACGGCGAUGGAGGGGCCCCAGACACCUAUUGGAACAGCACAGGCUUCUUGGCCUGGCUGUAUAAUGAAAGCCCAGUUCGGGACACAGUGGUCACCAAUGACCGCUGGGGAGCUGGUAGCAUCUGUAAGCAUGGUGGCUACUACACCUGCAGUGAUCGUUAUAACCCAGGAUACCUUUUGCUGCAUAAAUGGGAAAACUGCAUGACAAUAGACAAGUUUUCCUGGGGCUAUAGGAGAAAUGCUGGAAUCUCUGACUAUCUUACAAUUGAAGAAUUGGUGAAGCAACUUGUAGAAACAGUUUCAUGUGGAGGAAAUCUCUUGAUGAAUAUUGGGCCCACAAAAGAUGGCACCAUUUCUCCCAUUUUCGAGGAGCGAUUAAGGCAGAUGGGGACUUGGCUAAAAGUCAACGGAGAAGCUAUCUAUGAAACCCGUGCUUGGAGAUCCCAGAAUGACACUGUCACUCCAGAUGUGUGGUAUACAUCCAAACCUAAAAGCAAUUUGGUCUAUGCUCUGUUUUUCAAGUGGCCCACAUCAGGACAGCUGCUUCUUGGUCAGCCCAAAGCUACUCUGGGAGCAACAGAGGUUAAACUACUGGGACAUGGACAGCCACUUAACUGGACUUUGGAGCCAAACGGCAUCACGGUGGAACUGCCUCAUCUAACCUUUCAUCAGAUGCCCUGUGAAUGGGGCUGGGCUCUAGCACUAAGUAAUGUGACCUAAUUUGCAGCAGAGUGCUUCCUGCUGCAGUUCUGUCUAAGACGAGAAUAUAUCACAUUUCUAUAAUUGUAGCACAUGGAGAAAGCAAAUGUAAAAUUCGCCAAGAAUUUCCUAAAUUACCCACAUAACUGUUUUAAGUGCACUUUGCUAUUGACAUCUCUUCACACUGAAUUUAUUUCCGAGUGUGAUUCAGAGGUAGGGGGUUUUGUUUCUGAGCAGCUAGGAAUUGGUGGUGGUAAGGACUGAAUGGUGUCUUCUGCAAAAUUCACAUGUUGAUGCCCUAACCCCCAAUGUGACUGUAUUUGGAGAUUUUUUUUAAAGAAGUAGCUAAGGUUAAAUGAAGUCAUAACAGUGGGACCUUCAUCCAACAUGACUGGUGUCCUUAUAAGACUAGGAGGAGCAGGGAUGCAGGCACACAGAUGAAAACAUGAUAUAUGGAUGCAGUGAGAAGGUGGCCAUCUGCUAACCAAGGAGAAAGGCUCAAGAGAAACGAUGUCUGCUGACACCUCGGGCUUUCAGCCUCUAGAACUGUGAGAAAAUAAAUUACUGUUGUUUAAGCCA